ACGGUUUUAAUAGUGAUUAAUCAAUAAAGUAUUGGAAUCAGCUAUAAUUCCUUGUAUACAUAAAUAGAAUAUGCAUGUAACUGUAGCAUUCAUUAUGCAAGUUAGGAUAUCUAGAGACUAUAGUACCGCCACUUUCAAAUAUCUCUAUGAUUAACGUAUUAGACUUUGGAAGCUCCCAUCUACAUUUUUCAAUCCCCAAGCAUUGUGCGAGAUAUUCCUCGGACUACGGAAUCAGUAUUUGCUGUGUUUAUCUGAGGAAUAUCGCCGACCGCAUAACACAAAUUGUUUCGAUGUCCGAUAUGAGUAAAUGGCAAACGUCAAAGGACGUUAAAGUAGGUCUCGAACAAAUAUUAAGAGAGCAGCGAAGAAUAAUGAUAAUAUUAAAUUUUGCUAAUAUCAAAAGAUUACAGGAAAAUAUAAUAACUAAUACGUCUUGUGUCCAGUUAACACACAAUCAGGAUUGGUUAGAAAAUCGCUGCGCACAGCAUCACGGCUAAUUCGAGGUACGAGUGCGGUGUUGAUGAAGAAAAAUACGACAGUGAUGUUUAACUUGAGUAAAGGACGGCCCUGAGCGUUCCUGGCUGUCCCCGAGCCCAGCUGACAGAAGACAGGUGAUUGCUUGAGAUAUUCCACUCGUGCGUUUCGUCACUGGCUCGGCCAGCUGAUGCUAAAUGGAAAUCGCCACUGACAGCUGAGCAAAGAACGGUACCGAGAUGGGAAUUCGUGAAAGAAUGCGAAGAAUCACUUGAAACAAGGAAGAUAUUAGGGCAUCGGUUGGUAUUGUUAAAAAAUAGUAUACGAUUAGAAAAUAAAAAAGAUACAUCGUAAAGAUUAAAAUAAUGGAACAAAGAGGAACGACGAGUCGGCCGCCAUUUUCCCGGAAAUCAGAACGCAGAAACAAAGGAUGAGUUCGGUCAAUUUCCAAACAGAGUCAACGGGAAAUUACAGGGAGCAUUGACGGUGAACAGUCUUGGCGGAUAAUACUCUUUGGAUGCGGUUAGAUGUUUAAUUUUUUUAAAGCGAAAGACACUCCACUCGCGUAAUGUCGUCACCGGUAGACUCAGCUGAUGUAAAAUGGCCGCCGUGCUUGACAGCUGAAUCGCAUUUACUUUUAUACUUAUAAAAACAAUCGAAGGGUAUCCUCUGGUAUUUGCAUAUAAAUGAAUUACUUGAAAUACUUUAAUUCGUAGUUUUCAC